UAUAAAUACCCUAUCCCCUUUGAAAACCCAUCUCAUAUCACAAAACUCCUCGAACAAACAAAACAUACAAAAAAAAUCCCUUUCUCUUCAGAAUUACUAAAAUAAGCCCCUUAGCUUUCAUUUCUACAAUCAAGACCCCAAAAUGAGUCGAAUCUUGAGCCUCACCAUGUUGGUGACCGUUCUGGUUCUAACAAUGCUCGGAAAUGCUUACUCCGGUAACUUCAACGACGAGUUCGACUUGACUUGGGGUGACCACAGAGGCAAAAUCUUCAGUGGAGGGAAAAUGCUCUCACUUUCACUAGACCGGGUUUCCGGGUCGGGUUUUAAAUCCAAGAAAGAAUAUUUAUUCGGAAGAAUCGAUAUGCAGCUUAAGCUCGUCGCCGGUAACUCUGCCGGAACCGUCACUGCCUACUACUUAUCUUCUGAAGGACCAACACACGACGAGAUAGAUUUUGAGUUUCUUGGUAACGAGACAGGGAAGCCUUAUGUUCUUCACACCAAUGUCUUUGCGCAAGGCAAAGGAAACAGAGAACAACAGUUUUAUCUCUGGUUCGACCCAACCAAGAACUUCCACACUUACUCUCUUGUCUGGAGACCUCAACACAUCAUAUUCAUGGUGGAUAAUGUUCCAAUCAGAGUAUUCAACAACGCAGAGCAGCUUGGUGUUCCGUUUCCCAAGAAACAACCAAUGAGGAUUUACUCGAGCUUAUGGAAUGCUGAUGAUUGGGCCACGAGAGGUGGUUUGGUUAAGACUGAUUGGUCCAAGGCUCCUUUCACAGCUUACUACAGAGGCUUUAACGCUGCGGCUUGUACAGUGUCUUCAGGGUCAUCUUUCUGUGAUCCUAAGUUCAAGAGCUCCUUCACUAAUGGUGAGUCUCAGGUGGCUAAUGAGCUUAAUGCUUAUGGGAGAAGAAGAUUGAGAUGGGUUCAAAAGUAUUUUAUGAUUUAUAAUUAUUGUUCUGAUCUUAAAAGGUUUCCUCAAGGAUUCCCACCAGAGUGUAGGAGGUCUAGAGUCUAAAAACCCCAAAAAUGAUUCUUGUUUCUCUCUAUCUCUUUGUUGUUUAGUGCAAAUUCUCUUUUUAUUUUAAUAAAUUGGUUUAUUCAUUAGAAUUGCUUGCUUAUUCCAAUGCAUAUACAUUCUACGAGUCAAUAAAUGUGUCACGGAACUCUCAGGGACAAUGUACUAAACAGAUUAAACAAUAAUAUUCAAAAUUCUUGGUAGACGCCAAAACAAA